UGUAUGCAUGCGUGCAAUAUAGUAAUACUGAAUGUAUGGAAUAUCACACACAUCCCCUCCCUGUUUCCCUGCUUUGACUCUUUAAACGUGAUUCCAGUGUGUGGUGGUGGAAAAGAGAGGGAUGUGGAGCAAAUGAAAGGGGAGGAAAGAGGACAGAGCUGGACUAGGCUGCGUUUAGUGGUUUCUGUCGGUCGGGAGCGAUGCUGAAAAUUGUCGUCACCCUCGUCUCUCCUCAGCCUGCCCUGAUUCUCAACCGAAACAUCCUCACUGCUCGCCCCUCGACUCAAAUGUCUCUGCAGGAAUUCAGGCUGAGCGCUGAACGCCGCAAACCAGGAAAAGUCGUUUGCGGUGACUGACGCUGAAAGCGGAAAUCUUUUGACGGAGGACGUUCUUUAACUAAACGCUGGUUUUAUCUUUCACCGCUGACAUUAUCACAGUAAAUACGUCGGCGGGCAUGAUUUUAUUCCUUCUGUUUAUUAGAGGCAUUACCAUCCCACUCACCAGCCAGUUGCUGGGAUGUUUUAUGCUGGCGUCCGCACAUUUUAUGCCGUUUAUGACGCAUUAAUGGGGCCUAUUAUGAUUGGAAUGAGGGUGUCAAGAAGGUGUGACGUUGCCAACAUGUGUGUCAAGUACAACAUUAAAUAGCUAAUGAAAUAAACUUUCAGCUUAAAUGCUAAAAAAAAUUGAAUUAUGUAUCAAUAAAAUUAUAUAUUAUUAGCACUUCUCAUUUUUUUAUUUGUAUUCUUUGAAAUAAAGCUAUAGCGUAGAGAAAAACCGAAGGACAUUUUGUACAUUAAAGACGAUGAAACCAACCCAAUGGAGGCAAAUUAAACUGUAUUAGACGUAGACGUAGACUUAGACUUAGACGUAGACUUAGACUUAGACUUAGACUUAGGCAGACUUUAUCGAUCCACAAUGGGAAUUGCUUGGUUACAGUUGCUCAAUUGCAGAAGAAAAAGACAAACACUCUUAAAUAAAAUGCAAUGUAAUAUGAAGAAAAUAUAAUAAAAUUAAAAAAUGUAAGAUAAACAAGAUUUGCACACUUACAAAUAGUGUGCAAAAAUAUGGCAAAUCCAGGUCAACUUACACUUUCUGCAAGGGAGGGCAGACAGUACAGUGCAAUAAUGUUGUGAACUUUUACCGGCAGGUGAGGUAUUGUAGAGCUGGAUGCUAUGUGGAAUGAGUGAAGUCCUAUAGCGUUCACUGUGGGAACGGAACUGGAGGAGUAUGUUGGACAAUGAUAAUAAUGGAGAGCACUUUGUCCCGCGUCCUCCUGUCUCUCACUGUUACAAACACCUCCAACUGAGUGCCGAUAACUUGUUCGGCUUUCCGGAUCAGUUUGUCCAUCCGGUUUAUGUCCUUUUUGCUGGUGCUGCUCCCCCAGCAAACCACAGCAAAGUACAGGGCGCUGGUAGAAGAUCUCCAGCAGCUCGCUACACACAUUGAACGACCUACGCUUCAGUAACAAUAUGAAUUAAUAUUUUAUUCCAUUUAUUUUAUUUAGCUCCGUUUCUGAUCUUUACUGAGCAAUGCCGGCUGAUUUUGUCUUUUCCACUUGUCUUUGCCCGUUUACGUUUUUCACCGGUAUGGCGAAUUGUUCAGAAAUAGGAGACUUGAACAAAGGACGGGUGUCUCCUUAGCUUCUUAUGGCUAGCCAUGACUUCCACUAGCCAAAGGCUGGGCUGCAUUGUUUUGGGCCGCUUUUAGGCACCCUCCCUGGGCUUCUGAAGGUGCUCUGCACUCCUGGAUCUGCGCCCCCACGACGAUUUUGUCUGCUUUUAGGCACACUACCCAGGCUUGGGGGGGAUGCAUUGCAACGCCUCCACUUCCACGUUGAAUGUACUGUACAUUUCCGGGCCCUCACCUUUAUUGCCUUCCUAGUGCGUACCGAACCGGAACAUCCGAUUGCGAAUACACGUGUGUCACAGACCGUGCGUUGCUUUGUGUCAACCUAGUAUCACUUUUUUUUCUCUGUCUUGGAACGAUGCUGCAGUGGCUUUCUGUGCGAUUGAAGGCGCGGUGGCUUCAAAAAGAUGGAGCUGAGCUUUGGCCGCGUGGGUGCCGGGAGGGAUGACGGGGAAGUGGCUGUCUGAAUACUUCUAAACAACUGGGCUGGAGAGCAGUUGUUGUGGUCUGGCUUGGUUCCUAAAAUACUGCUUGCAUGUCUUGGUGUGGCUGCAGCAGUUUCUAACUCGCCCUGGAGACAAAUUUAUUUGGAAAAUCAAUAAUAAGAAAUAAACGGUGGAAUACUGACAGACAGGCCCAGAAUGGGGCAGCUUUUUAAGCCCACUUUUUAUGGUUGAAAUUGAAUAAAUGAAGCAAGAACGUUCACCUGUUACCAUUGUGUCCUUUUUAUUUAUAACACGUUUCAACACUUCGUUGGGCAUCGAUAGCCACUUAGCAGUGCACUGGUUUCAGCAGUCCUGUCAAUCACGCUGACAUUGUUCAUAGACAUCAGAAUUCUGUUCUCUGGAAGCGCUUCCUCCUCCACAGCGUUGCUGGACAUGCGUCUGGCUUCUCAGCAUGCCUUGCAGCACUUGUUUGAUUUUAAAAAGUUGUUAGAGAUGUGUGUUUAUAGCUAGCCUAGUUGGAGCUAACAUAGCACAGUGUUCAGUGUUGGAGGAGGAGCGUCUUCCUUUAAGCAAGCUCAAGUGCUUGGCAGUGAUUGGUUAAUAUACAGUGGUGUGAAAAAGUGUUUGCCCCCUUCCUGAUUUCUUUCUUUUUUUUGCAUGUUUGUCACACUUAAAUGUUUCAGAUCAUCAAACAAAUGUAAACAUUAGUCAAUGUCAACACAACUCAACACAAAAUGCACUUUUUAAAUGAACCUUUUUAUUGUUAAGGGAGGAAAAACAUCCAAAGCUACACGGCUUCAAGAACUGCAGGCCUCACUUGCCUCAGUUAAGGUCAGUGUUCAUGACUCCACCAUAAGAAAGACACUGGGCAAAAACGGCCUGCAUGGCAGAGUUCCAAGACCAAAACCACUGCUGAACAAAAACAACAUGAAGGCUCGUGUCAAUUUUGCUAGAAAACGUCUUGAUGAUCCCCAAGACCUUUGAGAAAAUACUCAAGUUGAACUUUUUGGAAGGUGUGUGUCCCAUUACAUCUGGCGUAAAAGUAACACUGCAUUUCAGAAAAAGAACAUCAUAGCAACAGUAAAAUAUGGUGGUGGUAGUGUGAUGGUCGGGGGCUGUUUUGCUGCUUCAGGACCUGGAAGACUUGCUGUGAUAAAUGGAAGCAUGAAUUCCGCUGAAGGAGAAUGUCCGGCCAUUGGUGGUGACAGGAGUGUAUUUAAAUGUGCUUAGUGACCUGAAACAUUUAAGUGUGACAAACACUGUAUGCUAAGCUAUCUGAAUUAAACAUCGACAUCUCACCUGUGCGUUAUAGCUGAUUAAGCAAAUAAGUGUAAUCUCUCAUAAUAUACUUCACUCGUCACAUCAAUUUUCAAAUUUUGCGGCUUCACUCUAUGAAAGUUUUUCAAAAAUAUAUGAAUCAAUAAAUCACACUGUUACAUAUUUGAAGCUAAUUUAAUGUUAAAUUAGAAUUUCUAAGCAUGAAGUUGGCUAACUGAACCAAAAUACAAUUAUAAAGCAUUCAGAAGGCACAUUGAAACACGUGAUGACUUGUAGUAUUUUACACUGGUCACUAGGUGUCACUAAUGUUACUGUAAUGUUUGAUGAGACACAAGCACCAGACAUGAUCACCGGAGCAACAGGCUUUUAUUGCAGGUUUGAAUUAUCUCACAGCAGGCACAAUAACAUCACAAUGACACCCCCAACAUCACUUCCUGUCCCACUGAGCUCCCUUAGCACCGGAGCACAUUUACAGCAACACACACGAGCACAAGUCCUAUUUACGUCUUUUGUAAAGCUGAUUAUAGUGGUGUUAUUUCAACUAAUAAUGUUAAAAACCAUAUUUAGAAGGUUGGUAACAGUUUUUAUGCUGUAACAAUGAAAAUAUUUCAUUUACAAUAUUUGCUAUUAUUCACAUAAUAUUUGCUGAAAUACUUAACGAUUGGGUCUUUAACCAAUUAACCGCGAUAAACGAGGGAUUACUGUACAUCUUUAAUAAUUAAUAAAUAUUAUUUAUAAAAUAUGCUGAGGGCCAAUAAAAAGCUAGCUGUGUGCUGAAAAUGGCCCCCGCCCCGCACUUUGGAGACCCCUGUUAUAGCCCGUCAUCAUUUCUGCUGUGUGUGUGCGUCAUCUAAUCUGACAUGGUGAAAUAAAUUCAUACUUUUGCCUUCAUGGCCUCCUCGUCUUCUCGUUUUCACCAACAGGAUAAAAUCAUUGCAAUCAUGCUGCUAAGCGGGGCAUCGUCAAUGGAAGAAACGUGAAGAUUCUGUGGGCCCAUGAUUGACAACAUAACGUGUUGUACAGAACAGAAUAACACAUGCUGCUAAAUGCUAAUUUACCAGCGCCAGGGCCAACCGUGGCUAAGUUAGGGCGCUAAGCAGAGACGUAUUACAGCCUAUGUAUACUUUAUACCUUUAGGUAUCAGCUGAGAUGAUAGUGGGUUUCGGGUUUUUUCCUCCUCCGGCCCAAACGUGAAGUGAAAGCGAAGUGACCCACGGGUAAUUCUCCCAGUUACCCACCCCAGUCCUGCUGCCAGAGGUGCCAUGUCAGAAAGUAAAACGGAAUUACUUCAGCUAAGGGCAGUAAAAGAUUCGGACAGACAAAUGCCAUGUGUUCAACCUUUUGACCAGUACUGUAGUUUCCUCAUAGUCCUUGUUAACAAUCAACAUAAAAAUGGCCACCGACACAAAACAAUAUGCAGUAUAAAUCCAAAUAAUAUAGAAGCAGGUACCUCAUCUCUAAUGGUGUAAAAAGUGACUGCAAUGCACCCAACGCCACCUCGUGUUUGAGGCUCGAAUCCACAUCCGAACAUGUGUGAACGUGUGACUGGGAAGCCUUUAAUUUGACAUGCGGUCAACAACAUGCUCCAUAAAAUACAAAGCAGCAGCCCUUUAAUAUUGCAAGAGGCCCAGUUUCAGCCCCAUUUUACUGCCUGCAGUCCUGCACAGCUACUGUACAGUAUUUAUGUGUGAGUUUGGCUGAUCGGAAGAAGUAUGGAAGGCGCAUUCCACAGAUACCAAUGCGCAGUUAGUAGUGACCGAAAGGACCAGGUCGCGGGUACAACAAAAUGAGUUUACUCCGUAGGGUGGCUGGGCUCUCCCUUCGACAUGAGGUGAGAAGCACUGUCAUCCGGGAGAAACCCGGAGUAGAACCGCUGCUCCUCCACAUACAGUAUUAAGUGUCUUCCUCCCGAACAUUCUGGCAUUAAACAGGUUGGUUUUGUUAUCCAUAUACCUCCAAAAUAUGACUUAUUUCAGCUUCUGUAACUUUCAUUUGUGUCCUUGUUGGCUUCGUCUUCUUCCCUGGUGAAGUGAAUUUUGCUAGGAGCGGCGUCAUGACACGCCAUGGAGACUUGCGUUGACGUGAGUCGGUGCCCGGUCGUACCGACGGACUUCGGUCGGUGCCUAUAAAACUACCGUUACUGGUAGCCAUCCCUAGUGGUGGCACACUUAAUGUGUACAUGCUCAAGUGCUAACUGUGCAUUGUUCAUCCAUCCAUCCAUCUUCUACCGGUUGUCCGAGGUCGGGUCGCGGGGGCAGCAGCCUAAGCAGGGAAGCCCAGACUUCCCUCUCUCCAGCCACUUUGUCCAGCUCCUCCCGGAGGAUCCCGAGGUGUUUCCAGGCCAGCUGAGACACGUAGUCUCUCCAACGUGUCCUGGGUCUUCCUUGAAGCCUCAUACCAGUCGGACGUGCCCUGAACACCUCCCCAGGGAGGCGUCCGGAGACAUCCUGACCACAUGCCUCAGUCAUCACAUCUGCUUUCUAUCAAUGCGGAGGAGCAGCGGUUCUACUCUGAGUGCUUCUCACCUUAUUUCUAAGGAGAAAACUCAUUUCGGCCACUUGUACCCCCAAUCUUGUCCUUUCGGUCACUACCCAAAGGUCAUGACCAUAUGCGAGGGUCAGACCGCCUUUCGGCUCAGCUCCCUCUUCACCACAACGGACCGAUGCAGAGUCCGCAUCACUGCAGACGCCACACCAAUUCGCCUGUGGAUCUUGCGUUCCAUCCGUGAGCAAUCCCCGACCCGGAGAUGGCACGCCACCCUUUUCAGGGCAAGAACCAUGGACCAUGGAUCCAUUUUCCAUCUGCGUAUUAGUCAUUCCAAUAUUAAAAUACGAAUGUCACUUUUUUCCCCGCUGGCAAAUGAUAAGAUUGGAAGCACUGACAUGUGAACGUGCGCCGCAUGUGCACCCUCUUAAAAUAGUUUUGACAUUUGCUCUGUUUUGGCAGUUUUGUCUUUUUGGUCAAACUUAAAACAAACAGUAAAACCGGCAUCGAGGGAGGCGGUGAGCGGCUCUCAAGAAUGUUGGCACGAAAUGAGCACAACCAUCUGAGCAUGAAAAUGAAAAAGGUAGCGCAGUAGCAGGGGAGGAGUGAACACACACACACAAACUCGUUGCAUCGCUGCUGAAGUCACGCCUCCCUGCUCCUCCUUCACAAACGCAAGACUGUUGCCGCGGUGCAAACAUGUCGCAUCAGAGAGGCGUCACCGCGUGUCUCCAUAGUGAUGCCCUUCAGCGCCACAGACGCAGCGCGACUGGCAGACAGGCGGCCUCAUAACCUGCUGCGGUUUGAUGACUGACAGCCUAAUUAACCUUCAUCUUUCCUGGAGGUCGUGAACUAAGUUCACCUCAAGUAUGUGAAAGAUAUUACAUCUUCAAGUACGUUUGUUUUUGCUCCCACUUUUCAUGAUCUGGACCCAGAAUUCAUCAACUUUUUCGAUGUACACAAAAGGCCGAUUUCUCUCGUAUAUUGUAUCUCUCGUAUAUUGUAUAUAUAUCCGUUCACCGUACAGGUGUGGCAAGAUGCUACUUGUAUGAUUAUUGCACAGGUGUGCCUUACGCUGGCCACAAUAAAAGGCUCCCAACGCUGCGGUUUUAAUGUAUUGGAUUGAAUACGGCACGCUCCCUCACGCUUUGGCAUCGUGCUGUGGAAUAACACUGCACAUUUUUGGGGUGGCCUUUUAUUGUGGCGAGCUUAGAGGGAUAGCUGGGAUUUUUUGACAUGAAGUGGUAUGACAUCCCCAGCAGCAGUGUAGUGCACCAACAGUGACUUACCAAGCCCCCACUCGGCCCCGUGAGUCCGAUUGUGGCCGGAUUUCCGUGACAAGGAAGGCCGUUCCGCUCAGUAGCUGUGGCCGCUUAAGUAAAGAGUUCGGCUUCUCAAAACAAUAUGCGUUCAAAAGAGACAUUUGCAUCAUAGAAAUCAGAAGGAAAUCACGGUGUUUUGUGGUUAAAUACGGCCUGUUAUUAGUCAAGAAAAAUAUGCAAAUCGAAAUUUUACGUGUUUUUGUCUAAAUGAGCUAAAAUGCAAAUAUUAGGCAUUCAGAAGACGCAUUCAAAAAUGAUAUGUAGAACACACAAGCACCAGACUUGAUCGCCAAAGCAACUGGCUUUUAUUGCAGGUUUGAAUGAUCUCACAACAGGCACAAUAAUCACUAACACGGGCUGCUGCUGCAGCCGUAACCCACGCAAAGCUAAAACUCAACUCUGAACCCCCGACGUCACUUCCUGUCCACCGCCCACUCAGCUCCCCAAGCACUGUGACACAUUUACAGCAGUCACAGUCUUAAAUGUCUUAAGGGGUGUUAUUUCAUGUCUGGAGGGCUCUAAUAAUGUUAAAAAAAACAUAUUUAGAAGGUUGUAAACAAGUUUUCCAUGCUCAAACUCCAGGAACUAAGGAACCCAACAGUGCGGAAAUUCGGUUAUCACGGUCGGGUCUGGAUUGCAAUAAAAGAGGGAUGACUGCAUAGUGAUUCACAUGGCUGACUCUCCCACAGCCAGAGUGGGACUGAUUCUUGCCCAGUGGCCAGUGGCCGUCAUUUCUCAUGAUGCUGAACAGGAACAGCGGCAUAGAAAGUUGACGGACAGUUCAGCACUUCUUGCGUUGUCCUGCAAACAAUCAGCAGAUCGACGAAAACUGAAAAGUACGAAAACCGAGGCAAUUUGACACGACAUCGCAAUACAAGUGUUUGUGUUUUGUCUGACAUUAUGUUAUUUACCUGUUAUUUACUGUUAUUGGCGGGUGAGUGAUUCAGACGUGCCCGUUUCUAAUGCAGUUUCACGAUGCUGUUGAUGCAAUGAGAGUUAUUCUCACUGCCAGCAGCUACGGGAGGAUAGCAAAGGCAGAAGGAGUGCAGACAGGAAAAUUAGACAGACGGGGAUCAGAGAGGCAAGGAUGCAGUUACUGCCUCGCUUUGGGCACCAAGCAGCCCCGAGCCACUUUCUUGGCCUUAUAUAGUGUGUUUGGACACUACUUGGCAGUCAGAAUAGAAGCCUGAGCCAGCAGCACAAAGAGUGCAUCCUGGUCCAGUCGGAAGGCUGCACACCGAGUUCAGUAGCGCUCUGGCACACGUCCGGGAUUACUGCUGGUGUUUUGAGCAAGGGGGGAGCUGUGGCCGAGGAGGAGGGCAAAAGUAUAUGUAUUUGGUGCUCCCUCUCUUGCCCCCGUCCUCGCCUGAGGUGGUGAGGGUGGUGGGUGUUGUGCAGGCAGUGGAAAUGCGGAGGUAGAACCCAGACAGAGCUGGAAAGAGUGUUGCACCAGUGUACAGGUCACCACAGCGUGUCAAACAGGCACCAACUAUGAGCUGCCUCCCACUCCUCAGCUGCCGUUAAAGCAUGUAGAUACUCCGGGCUCAACCAGGUCCUGCAAGAGUGCGGAAAUAAAGCGAAAGCAGUCACGGAGUCAGAGUAUGGUCCAGACCAUGGAGGAGAGCUACGAGGUGGACCUCAUUUACAUCACAGAAAGGAUCAUCUCCCUCUCUUUCCCCGGCGCUGCCGAGGAGCACAGCUACACCGCCCACCUCAAGGAGGUGGCGGCCAUGCUGCGCUCCAAACACAGCAACCACUACCUGGUGCUCAACCUGAGCGAGUUGAGGAAUGAUCUGGCAAAGCUAAACCCCAAGGUGCUGGAGUUUGGUUGGCCAGACCACCACGCCCCGCCGCUGGACAAGAUCUGCAGUAUGUGCAAGGCCAUCGACAUGUGGCUCAACGGCGACCUGCACAAUGUGGUGGUGCUUCACAACAAAGGGAACCGGGGUCGCACGGGGGUGGUUGUGGCCGCCUACAUGCACUACAGCAACAUAUCGGCAAGCGCUGACCAAGCGUUGGACAGGUUCGCCAUGAGGCGCUUCUAUGAGGACAAAGCACUUCCUGUGGGUCAGCCGUCGCAAAGAAGGUAUGUGCAAUACUUCAACGGACUUUUGUCCGGCCAGAUCAAAAUCAACAACAAGCCCCUGUUCCUGCAUCACGUCAUCAUGCACGGCAUUCCCAACUUUGAGUCCAAAGGAGGAUGCCGGCCCUUUCUGAAAAUCUACCAAGCAAUGCAGCCGGUCUAUACAUCGGGAAUAUACAACGUGCAGGGAGAUGGCAACACCAGCAUCUGCAUCACCAUCGAGCCCGGCCUCCUGCUAAAGGGUGACAUCCUGCUCAAGUGUUACCACAAGCGCUACAGAAACCCCACUAGGGAUGUUGUGUUCAGGGUGCAGUUCCACACGUGCGCCAUCCACGACCUCGGGGUGGUGUUUGGAAAGAGCGAGCUGGACGAGACGUUCAAAGAUGAGAGAUUCCCGGAAUACGGGAAGGUGGAGUUUGUCUUUUCAUACGGUCCAGAAAAAAUCAAAGGCCUGAGUCACCUGGAGAAUGGGCCCAGCGUUUGUGUGGACUACAACACCCAGGAUGCUCUGAUCCGCUGGGACUCGUAUGAGAACUUCAGCCACCGCUGCGAGGCCGCCGUGGAUGAAGAGCAUGAUGUUGUUCACACUCAAGGUCCACUUGAUGGCAGCCUGUAUGCACGGGUUCGUAAGAAAGACUCCCUGGAGGGAGUGGUCACCAUCAACGGCCUCCCAGUCCAUGAAAACCUCCUGACUGCCGCGGAAAACCCUUUGCGGCACCCAAACCACCACCUUCAAACCACAGAGCAUACCCUUCCUGUAACAGGCCAUGCCUCUCUCCCUGCUGUUGACCACACCCUCUCUGUGAGCAGCGAUUCGGGCAACUCCACCGCCUCCAUCAAGACUGACCGUACCGAGGAACAUAGUCAGUCCCUGCAGGGUGGCUCAAGCCAUGGUAACCCAGUAGCAAGUCACCCGUCCCUCAGCCCGCACGAGAAGAAAGAACUUGAUCAGCUUCUGAGUGGACUUGAGGCUCCUGUUCAUCAACGACAAGCGUAUUUGUCCACUUCUGCCAGUCCAGGAGGGGGUGUCCGGCACCUGGUUCCUGCACAGGUGCAUGUCAACGGGGGCCACGCCAGGCUUACUGGUGCGUCUUCGACAGAAGAGCGCGAGACAGAUAUUCUUGACGACGAGCUGCCCAAUAGCCAAGAGGGUAAUAGUGUGGACAGUUUGGGGACGCUGUCAUCCUUAGAGGGCCAGGCAACACCAGCUGACCUCUACUAUCAGUCAGAAGCCCCCGUCAGAGCUCAAAGCGACAGGUCCUACCUUGAGAGAGGUAUUCUCAGCGAAAAGUUGAAUGAGAUGCCUGUGCACGGAAUACAAACACCCACUGCAAUGCAGGAGUGCAGCCCCUCGGUGUCCCCACAGGGGGGGUACAACAACUGCCAGAAUGGAAGUGGAAUGUAUCGCUCACAGUCCUUUGGUAACCCGCCUCCGAGCAGCCCUGAGGCCAACCCGAAGCUGAUGCCCAGGGCACCCGAGAGGAGCACCAGUAGCCGGGAGGCUGUUCAAAGAGGUCUCAAUGCGUGGCAUCAGUACAGCCUGCCAGAUGAUCCUUUUGGCCCGCCCCUUCAGUCCACCCACAGCUUGCCACAUUUCCCCUCCUCAGCUUCUCAAAGGGACAUUGAGCAGUCAAUCGAGGCCCUCAACAUGCUCAUGCUAGACCUGGACCCCAUCAACUCCCACAUGUCCAAGUCAUACAGUGCUCCUCCUGGGGAAAAUACAGUCCAUUCAUCGCAGGCGCCCUUCUCCCAGACCCUCACAAGGCCCUCGUACCAGGCAGACUUUGCCAUCCAUGGCUACAGCACCUCUGGGUCGUUCAACAACACCUUCCAUCAGCCACCACACUCUCCUGGGAGAACUUUUCCCAACCAGAGUCCUGUUUUGGAGUCUCCAGUGUUCUCUCCUCAAAGGCCCAGCCCCACCUACCAACACCAGAACACCACCCCGACACACACACCUGAGCCCUACAUGCACGCACGCCAAGGGCAGAACCACCUCCCCUUGGAUCCCUCCUCAAACACCCAACAACCGCUAAAGCCUGUGAACUCUUACACGGCCGGUGUCGCCUCUCACUCCCCAGACCCGCUGGGUUCAUCACCCUAUCCGGGCUGCAGUGAGUCCUCCUCCCCUCUUCCCGCUCUCACCCCUCAGCCUAAGGACACCUCCUCUUCCUCUUUGGCCCGAGUGCAAGAUGUAGAGGAGGAGACUCUCAACCUGGAGGGCCUGGUGGCUCACCGCAUCGCUGAAUACAACGCUCGCAUCCGGGGCAUCAGUGAAAGCAUGACACCGCAACAAUCUGACCGCCAUCGCUCCUAUUCCUUCUCUGGGAUACGUUCCAGGGGAACAACCCCGGAGGUGAGCCAGCAAACAGGUCGGCGUCGGACCACCAGCGAGGGUCAGUACCAGAGUGGCCACGACAGCAGGUCGACGGGCCCUUCGCCAGACUUUAACAGUCUGUCCCACAACCGUGAAGGAAGACUCAGAGAGGGUCCAGUGCACGGCUACAGGGAGACUUUUGAGGACAGCGAUGCCAGCAACAGUCCCACUUUGCGAGGCUGUGCUCGCUCCCUACCCGGUUGGACGCCAGCAUCCGGAGCGAGUCCUCACCAAAGGGUUGCAUCUGACUCAGAUUCUAGUGACGGAGAGCAAGAUAAUCGCGGUUUUGUGGAAUUUCGAGCACAGCAGUUCGGCGCUCCUCUCACCUCCAGCAGUGCCGAUGGGAGGAGGUACGUUUCUUCAGACCCUCACAGCUCAGCACCAUUGUACCCUCAAAGACCUGCCUCCCCUGAUGGCGCCCAGGUCAACAUCAUGGGGGUCCACACCGUCCCCGGUAGCCCCAACACCCUCCACCGCACAGUAGCCACCAACACGCCCCCGAGCCCUGCCCUCCAAAGGCGCCUUGGCCAAGCCAGUCCCUCGCCCGUCCGACACACACCCCCAGCGGGCGGCAGCAGGGACAACAUCCCCUCCAGCCCCUUGAUUGGCAGAAACCCCAAGACAGCAGGCAGCGCUACUGCGCCGCCCCCCAGCCCCCUGAUGGGGCGGCACGCAGCAGGGAGCGGCCACAGUACCCCCGAUGAGUUGGGGGCAACCUCCCGUCAGGCGCAGCCGCCUUCCACGCCCGCCUUUCCCGUCUCCCCCCAGCUGCCAGACAAGAAGAACGCCAGCGGUGCAGGUGUAGAGAGGACGGAAAACAAGAACCUGGUGCUGGACAGCGGUGGGACAAACCUGACCGGGGCGCUCUCAGACACCUCCAAGUCAAUUUAUGACGGUUAUCCGGACAUCAAGAUGAACGUCAAGUUUGUCCAGGACACGUCCAAGUUCUGGUACAAGCCCGACAUUUCCCGGGAGCAAGCCAUUAAUGUGCUGAAGGACAGGGAGCCCGGCGCCUUCGUCAUCAGGGACAGCCACUCCUUCCGCGGGGCUUACGGUCUUGCCUUGAAGGUGGCCUGCCCGCCACCGACGGUACAGCAAAGCAAAAAAGCUGGAGACCUGACCAAUGAGCUCGUGAGACACUUCCUGAUUGAGACGAGCCCCAAAGGUGUCCGUCUGAAGGGCUGCCCCAACGAGCCCUACUUCGGUUGUCUCUCCGCACUGGUGUACCAGCACUCCAUGACGCCUCUGGCGCUGCCCUGCAAGCUGAUGAUCCCCACCAAAGACCCCAAUGAAGAAGCGCUGGAACUGGCCACGCCCACCGACCCAGUUGUGGAGCUCCUGAAGCAAGGAACAGCUCCGAAGGUUCCGGAGGAGUCUUACGCAUGCAACGUGCUCUAUAUUAACUCCGUGGACAUGGAGUCCCUGACGGGCCCCCAGGCCAUCGGCAAGGCCAUCAGUCAGACGCUGGCAACCAAUCCUCUGCCCGCCGCCACCGCCGUCCACUGCAAAGUUUCCCCGCAGGGCAUCACGCUGACAGACAGUCACAGGAAGAUCUUCUUCCGGCGACAUUAUCCACUAAGCACCAUAACCUACUGUGACACCGACCCCCAGGACAGAAGGUGGGGCAAAGAGGGCGGCGGUUCAGUCAGGCUUUUUGGCUUUGUGGCGAGGAAACAAGGAAGCACAACCGACAACGUCAGUCACCUGUUUGCAGAGCCGGACGCCGACCAGCCCGCCUCGGCCAUCGUCAGCUUUAUCGGCAAAAUGAUGAGGCGGUGAAAUGCCCCCCUUCCGUGUCAUUUUGGUGUCUUUUCUCUCUGGGAUUCGACGAUGUCCUUUUAUUUUCUCAUUUUAUUUCCCUUUUCUUUUUGCCUUACUGGUUCGAUUGACGUGUUCUACGCGUCUUCGUAGAGGGAGCCGUGGGACGUGCCGGCGUGGGGGGUGGGUCGCGAAUGUGAUGAACGCGGAGGAUGCCGGGUUGAGUCGUGAAGGUGGGAGCGGCGGAUGUCACGUUGGUAAGUGUGCGUGCGGACGUGCGAGGCUUCAGGGUGGUUCUCUUGCUUUUCUGGAUUGUUUUUACCAAAGCGUGAGAAUGACGUAGCAACGAAGCCAUUCUUUUUAUUUCCUCCUUUAAAAGACGGACACAGAAACAAGAAAAGAAAUCCUUUCUUCUCGACUUUGUCUUCAGGAAAAAAAGAGAAAAAAAGCUAGCCUGAAUGGCUUUUGACGGAACAUUGUCCGAAGACGUUAUGCAUGUUAGCUUGACCUUUAAGCUUGGUUCUCCUAACCCUCGUGAAACCCCUUGAGUGGACUUUUCUGGUUCUGCUUUGUGUUAGAAAGGGCUCUGCAGUGAAACGGCGACUGAUCUAAACUGCACAUAUCAGACCAGACCCCCCCCCCCCCCCAAAAAAAGAGAAAAGCCACAUAAGCUCCUCCCUCCCUGAAAGACACUUCGUCACUGCAAGCAGCUGGUGACUUUGAUAGACUGUCCACAGGGUGGCGCCACCCAGGCAGGCUUGCACUGAACGACACUGGAAAGCACCUCCAGGAAGCCAAACCUGGACCUAUGCACUGUUCUUUCUGCAUGCUGUUCCUCCCUCAUAGCUGCAUUCACUGAAAACAUUCUAUGCUGUGUGCCACUUAGACACUGAGGCUGUUUGACUUGUCAGAGACUGCAUGAAGUAGACUUUUUUUAAAAGCCCCUCUGAUGUGGAGCUUCGUCGGGGCCACACCUUUACAGUAUGGACUCGGAAAACAUUUCAAACUGAAUAUUCAAGUUAAAUUUUGAAAGAUACGUCAGUGUAUUCAAAAUCAAAAUAAGUGCACAAAAAUUAUAAUGAGUAAAAUUACAAUUCACUAAAAUUUUAAUUUUUUUUUAAGAUUUAAACUAAUUUAAAUAAAAAUAUACAUUUCAAUACAUACAUUUAGGAAUGUUGGAUUCUGAAAGAUCCAUCAGCAUAAUCAAAAUGAAAAAGAAGUCUGCAAAAACUAUAAUGAAUAAAAUUACAAUUAAGCCAAAUUUAAAUAUAAUAAUAAUAAUAAUAAUAGUAAUAAAAUUAAAGAAUAUUUUAAAUUAUUUAAAAUACAUUAAAUUUAAAAAGUACAUUUCAAUAAAUACAUUUAGGAACUUUUAAUUCUGAAAGAUACAUCAGCGUAUAAAAAUAAAUGUGCAAAAACCCAAAUUAAUCAAAGUACAAUUAAAUACAAUUUUAAUAACAAAUGAAAUAAUAUUUUAAAUAAUUUUAAAUAAAUUAAAAAAUACAAUUCAAUAAAUACAAUCAUGAACGUUGAAUUCUGAAAGAUACCUCAGCGUAUUCAAAAUAAAAGUGUACAAAAACUAUAAUUAAUGAAAUUACAAUUAAAUAAAAUUGUAAUUAAAAAUAAAUAAUUAAAAUAAUUUCAAAUUAAUUCAAUAAAAAGUAAAUUCAGAUAAACUCAUUCAGGAAUGCUGAAUUCUGAAAAGGCACAAAACAUUAUUAAUACAAUUACAAUUAAAGAAAAAAAAUAUUCAAGUUGAAUGCUGAAUUUUGGAAAAUACAUCAGCAUAUUAAAAAAAUAUGUGCACAAAAAAUAUAUUUAAUAAAAUUACAGUGAAUUACAAUUUUAAAUAAAAUGUGCAAUUUGAAACUGAAUUUUCAAGUUGAAUGUUUUAUUUUAAAAAAUACAUCAGUGUAAUCAAAAUGUUAAAAAAAUAAGCGCACAAAAAAUUAUAAUGAAUGAAAUUACAAUUUAAUGAAAUUUGAAUUUUAAAAAAUAACAAUUCUUUUUUUUUAAUGCACAAUUUGAAAGUGAAUAUUCAAAUAUUUAAAAUGUGCUUUACAACAAAUGAAUGUACAUGUCCUACACCCCGAUGAGACGGCAAUGCUCUCACAAUUGGAGCAAAUCAUUUCGACGACGUCAAAAUGUAGAGCUGAAUUGUUUUAGUUUCCUACAUUCCGUAGAUUCAGCCUUUUCGAAUAGCUUCUCAUCAAAGGCCUUCUCACAUAGCACAAUCGGAAUUGCGCAACACUUACAUAUGACUAAUAGGAAAAUACCGGAAGACCGGGCAGGCGCACAAAAGAUGCAUUGUUGUCACGCUGUCACACAAGCUUAACUUUCACGUUCACACGUCAAAAUUCAACAUCAAAUCUGGAAUAUUCAGUUUUGAAAUGUUUUUUUGGCCCUGAUAUGGCUCCACACGCUUGAGUCAUCAACAAGACGUACAGUAGACGACCCAUUCUUGAAGUAGUCAAAUAAUGGUGAAUGUUUUUCAUUGUUUUGGUCCGACUGAGCCGGGCUUAACUUUCACCUUGACGGUUCUGUCUCUGUGUUUGUUUCCACCGUGUUGUCAGAAAAGGCAUUUAGAUACUUUUAGCAGGAGAAAAAAAAGCAUCUACAAUAAGAGGAUAGAUAUAAAUGUACAUAGAUGAACUACUUUGAAAGGUGACUUAGCGAAAAGUAUUUAUUUUUGUUGCUUUGGUCCCUCAUGAGUACUCAUAUUAUGCAUAUAUUGUACAGUCUAGAUAAAGAAAUGAGUUCAGAAAAAAAAAUCUAUACUUAUUUUGGCUAAUGAUUUCAAAGUCUGAGGAUUUUGAAAUGUGUUUGAAUAUACGGUGUACAUUACUUUGUACAUGUUUGUUUCGGCUCAUCCUGUUUGUCAUCUUGCAUGGACAGAAGAGUUGGCGGGAAUCUUUUAGAACUAACUGUAGCAGGUAGAUCUUUGAAGAUUUUCACAAAAAAAAGGGUAAAAGAGGCCAAGCUCAAAUGCAAUAUAUAGAUAUAAAAAAAAUAAAAAUAAACAGUGUGCGCCCAUGACAGUUAUAGUUUUUGCCAAAGAGUCACACGAGCUGCUUUUUCUGUCUGGUUGCCAUAUUUCAUGCAAAAGAACCCACGCGCCCAUUUGUCACACACUGACACACACUUGAGACAUUUAUUUUCAAAUUCAUGUCUCCAUGCCCCCGGAGGAAAAGAGGCCUACUGUGUUGGUGUAGCACUUCACUGAAAAGCAACGCAGAAGCGACGGGAAUUCCACAUGCAAAAAAGCUCCAUCAAGACUUCACCAUCACACCUCCCAGAUGCCAAUGGUUUAUUUAUUCUUAUUUAUUUCUUUUCCUGUCAAAGAAGUUUUCGUUCCAUCGUGUGUGUUGUGUGGAAGCAGAGCCGUGAAACAUGCUUCUGUCCAAGAAAGCGUUUUUGUUGUUUUUUUGUUUUUUUUUUACAAGUGCUAGAAAGUGUCCAGAAAGACAUGUGAACUGUAUGAAUGUGCAAAAAGACACUUGGAUUGUUUUUGUGCUUAUCAUUCUUCAUGCUAUCAUUAUGGCUUAAUUGUUCCUGAGGAGAAAAAAAAACAUUAAAGCAAUACAAGUCUG